ACUGGCGCGCCCAUGUUAGAGGUGGGCAGGGCAUGAAGAUCACCCAGUGCCGAAGCAGGAUGCCCAGUGGUGCCCCGGAUGGGCUAGCAGCGGGUAACGUGGCUGCUCUGCUAGACAGACGGCCAUGAGGAAAAUUAAGGCAAACUGAAGGUGACGUGGGACACAAUGGACUGGUGGCCGCUGCAUACCUGCAGAAGGGGGGUCUGAAGACGGCAGUGCUGGAGAGAAGACAUCUUGUAGGCGGUGCUGCAGUCACUGAGGAGAUUAUCCCAGGUAAGAGGCACGGUCUCACCCCCACUUCCACAUAUGGCCUCCACUCUUCAACGCACCUGACAUCUCCUAUUCUGCAGGCUUUCGCUUCUCCAGAGCUUCUUACCUGCUCAGUUUGCUGAGACCCUGGAUUUACACAGAGCUGGAGCUGAAGGUAUGGACGAUGUGCAGGGUGGUGAGCAGAGGCAGUGGGAAUUGCUGGGAUCCUAUCUGGUUGCUAGCAACUUUGCUUGCCAUUAUUUUUUGCAUCUGUGAAGGCCUUGCCAAAUUCUGUCUGCGCAUGCCGCUCCUCUUCGAAUUCCCCAGAAGUACCUAUGCAAAAGGUACCACACCAGCCCCUUGUCACUGUGCUUUUUCUUCUUGAUAACCAGCAACUUCAAGCCAGGAAGUAAGGUGUAGCGCUUUGAUGAGUAUCCCAUUUCUCAAGGAGACAGAUUCUUAAAAUCUAAGACUAGCAGACUAGCUCAAAGAAGAACAGGGUCAUUCCAAGGCCAACCUGCACAAAAUGGUUUGGACAAAGCCCAUAGGAAGCCUCUGAUAAGGAAGCUGAGGGGGUAUAUACAUGUCUGCCCCACUGCACGUGAGUGAUAAUUCAGCAUGUCAUUUAUCUGGGCCUAGAAACUAUGUUGUCUUUUCUCUUACAGAAACAUGGCUUAAAAGUGCUGCUGCGUGACCCUUAUUCCUUCACUCCAUUGUUGGAGGAUGGCCUGGGUGGGAAAGCCCCCCGCUCCCUGCUGUUGGGGAACAACUUGGCUGAGACACAGAGCCAGAUAGCUCAGUUUUCGGUAAAGGAUGCCCAGGCCUUUCCCAAAUACGAGGCAUUCAUGAGCCGCCUGGUGUCAGCCAUAGACCCUCUGCUUGAUACUUGCCCUGUGGACACAGCUGUGCUCAGCCAGGGCUCCCUGCGUCAGAGGCUCAGGGCCUUGCGAGGUCUACAGACACUGUUCCGUGCCGGCUUUUCUCUGGGGAAACAGCUCCCCCAAUAUUAUGAAGUCCUCACAGCCCCCAUUUCCAAGAUCUUGGAUUUCUGGUUUGAGUCUGAGCCCUUGAAAGCAACACUGGCAACAGAUGCCACAAUUGGUGCCAUGGCUGGUCCCCACACACCAGGCAGUGGGUAUGUGCUGCUGCACCAUGUCAUGGGUCAGCUAGAGGGUCGCCAGGGGGCCUGGGGCUACGUGGCUGGUGGCAUGGGUGCACUUUCCCAGGCCUUGGCCCGUGCUGCAACUGUGCUCGGGGCCGAGAUCUUCACGGAGAAGGCAGUUGCCCGGAUUCUCCUGAGUUCUGAUGGGAAGGUGCAAGGUGUCGGCCUCCAGGAUGGAACCGAAGUGAAGAGCCACCUGGUGCUGUCCAAUGCAUCUCCACAGCUCACCUUCCUGGAGUUGACUCCUCAGGAGCAACUGCCCCUGGAGUUUGUCCAGAGAAUCUCUCAGUUUGACACACGCUCUCCAGUCACCAAGAUCAAUGUGGCUGUGGACAGGUUGCCCAAUUUCCUCGCGGCCUCAAACACCAGCGAUGGCUGCCCCUCACCUCACCAUCAGUGCUCCAUCCACCUCAACUGUGAAGACAUGCAUACCUUGCACCAGGCCUUUGAGGAUGCCUGCUGUGGGAGACCGUCUAGCAGGCCCAUGAUUGAACUGUGCAUUCCAUCUGCCCUGGAUCCAACACUCGCUCCCCCAGGCUGCCACGUGGUCUCGCUCUUCACUCAGUAUACCCCCUACACACUGGCUGGAGGGAAGCAAUGGGAUAGUCGUGAGCGUGAGGACUACGCCGACCGAGUAUUUGAUUGUGUUGAAGCCUACGCCCCUGGGUUCAAGGCCUCCGUCAUCGGCAGGGAUGUUCUAACACCUCCAGACCUUGAGCGUAUCUUUGGUCUACCUGGUGGGAACAUAUUUCAUGGAGCGAUGUCUUUAGACCAGCUGUAUUUUGCCCGUCCAGUGCCUUCCUACUCUAAUUACCGUUCCCCGAUCCGAGGCCUGUAUCUCUGUGGAAGUGGUGCUCAUCCUGGAGGAGGUGUGAUGGGAGCAGCAGGGCGCAAUGCUGCUACAACGGCCCUGGAGGAUUUCAAGAACCUGUGAUCCAGCAGCAACAUGUUGCCGCUCUCAGGAAAAGAGACUCUCCCAGUUUGGAGUGGGGUGUCAGCAUCUAGAAGCCACUCUGCUGAGUGGAUCUGGUCCUAGAGAUACCUUCCAAGGCUUCCCAGGCUCAAACUUGUUGCUCCUGGCAUGGAACGAGAGCUGGGCAAUGCUCUUGCAGUCAGCCGACAUGCCAUGAGCACAUUAGCUGUGCUCUUGCUGCCAGUCCAACGCCAGCUUUAUCAGCCAGUUAACUCACUCCUUAAUCUUGUGUUACUAUUUAACAUGGAGCUGUGCUUUCUUGUGAAGGCUCCUGUUUCUGUUUGACAGCCUCCUCCUUGGACUUAUUGGGGGAUGAAGUUCUGAUGCCAGAAGGGGAGCAAAGUUGAGAGUCCUGUGUGAGGCUGGAUCCUGGAUAGCAGUCUUUCCUUGGGCUGGGGAGGCUAGUCAUAGUUGUCUGGCCUGCUGACUUCAGGGCUUCCACAGCAUUUCUUCUGAAAGGCCCCAACUGUGCCAGGCAGGGCAUCUUGCAUUUUGCAAACAUGGUCCCAGUUGCUGAACAAACUGCCCCUGAGAAACAGUGUAAGACCUGGCUGUCCCGUGGUCUCCGGAAGCUCGGAAGCAAGUCCAGGUUCUUACUGUGUCACCUCAGCAAAGGGGCAAGGAGCGUCUGCUGCCGCUCAUGUCGUCUGACCUUGUGCUCCCCAUCCAAAGUCAGAUAUGCCUGACUGAGCCCUGGUCCAAAAGAGCCAUAUUUCUCACUGGCAAAGAGCAGCUGCUUGCAAACACCUUUCUGCAGUCUGACUGCAAAUCCAGCUAGGAGGUGGCCAGAAGCCAGCUGCCCCCCCCCCCCCUCUCUCUCUGGCAAGGCCUCUGAUGGGCUUUGCGUACAGGGCAGUUUGAUUCACAAAUCAGUUGAGCCGGAGUACUUGGCUUUCAUCCAGUUCCAAUGGGAAUAAAUCAGCUUACAUCUAAAUACUCCACUUUAAUUGGCAUGUGGACUACAGCCAAAGUGUGUUGACACAAUAGGGAAAAUCAAUAGCCAACUUUCCUCCCUAGCUAUGAUGGAUUGAUUUCAUGUGACGAAAUGAUUGUAAAAUCAUUGCCAGCUGUACGCUUAGAAAAUGUAUCUCUGAAGAUUAAAGGGUUGUU